AUGAUUACUUCGAGGCAGGAGUUCUUCGCUGGGGUUUCCUGCCCUCCCGUCCUUGCAGCCCUCCAGUCAGUUGCCAUCCGCGGGCUGGAGUUGGCGGCGCUGCGCCAGGCGGUGAUUUCGACGGGCGUGACGGGCCUCGCGGUGGGGCGAGCAUGGACCGAGGAAAAGGUGUCUUUCGGCAUCCUCGGCGCGGUCCCAGGCGCGGUGGUCACCGCAGCUGCUCACCGUCAGAGGCGUGGCUCGUCGGAGGUGGAGUCGGUCGAGGCGCGUGCGAGGCAGCAGGUGCACCGUUUCAGGCAGUUGCCGACCGCGGCCGAGCUCGAGCAGCUCCAGCGCGACGGCGCCCUGAUGGUGGGCGGAGUCGCGCCAGCCGCCGCGGGGGCCGCAGGCGGCGCUGGCCCAGGAGAGGCGGGCGUGGUGGCCCGCGCGGGUGCCCAUGCCGCCGCCCCGGUGGUCGCGCACUCGGUCUGGCUCGCCACGGGGGACUUUCGCGGGCUCAGGCGUGGCGAGAGGCUGCCAGACUCGCUCGUGAUCGAGGGCGAUUCGGCGCUGUUGUCUGUCGCAGGUGGUUUCGCGACGGCCAGGCUGGAGCCCGCCGGCGAGAUCGAUGCGUUCGCGAUCAACGAUCUCCGCGCGCCCCCAGUGAAGUUCAGCCAGCACGAGGCGGUAUGCAGGGUGAUCGAGCCCAGGGUCGGCGUGGACCAGCUCGACGCCCCCGCGCUGCAGAGCGCCGAGCUCCUCUGCCGCCGCCUGCAGGUGAUCGAGGGCGCCCGCGCGGUCUCGCCCUCGGCGCCAGACUACUCGGCGGCGGACGAGUACGCGGGCUGGGCGCCCCAUCGCGGGGGAGCAGCGGCGGCGCCUCAGCUGCAGAAGCACGCGGCGGCCAACCUUCGCGACAAGGCCGCGGUGCUCAAGGAGGCUAAGAAGGUGAAGGAGGAGCAGAAGCUGCGCCGCGGCCCCAAGGGCGGCGGCGGCAAGGGUGGCCCCGCACCGAGCCCCGCGGCGAAGCACGUCAGAUCCCGCGCCGAGAUCCCAGAUGUGGAUGCGGCCGCGCCUGCGGCCGAGACGGUGCCCGACCCAACCGGGAAGGAAUGCGCGCUGGACUACGAGAGCAGGAAGAUGAAGACGCCAGACGAGCGGUCGAGGGCCCUCGAUUCGGAGCCGCCCAUCACCACGUACAUGGAUGAGGUUUUGAAGAACGAUCAUGCCGCCUACCACCCGUUCAUCUCGGACCUGGCGCGAGCGAACACGUCGGGCUUCACCUGCCGCCCAAAGGAUCUGGCGAUGCCGUUCUCCGCCAGCAAGAAGAGCGGGGCCCAGGGGUCGGUCUGGGACGCGCGAGAGCCCCAGUUGGACGCAUUCAAGGACACCUCCACCACGAAGGCCCCGAGGAUCUCCGACGGGGGCCACCUGUGGGGCCCCUGGGAGCUCAACCGCGGCUUCAACGAGGCCCCUCUUGAGGCUCUUCGGGGCGGCGCAUGGAAGCAGGUUGCCUCGGCCAGGGCUCACGCCAUGGAGCCCGUCGCUAUUGCCGACGGGGGGGGUCGAGCCGUAAGCCGCCUCGGCCUGGCAGCGCGGAAGAGGCCGGCAGCUGGCCGUUGUUUGGCGAGGAAGGACUUCCUGGAGUGCCGACCCUUCAUCGGCGCCUCCAGGGCGGAGAGGAGCGCGAGGCGCCAGGAGACCUCAGGCCCUUGCCACUUGCUGGGGCCCGACGAGAGAGGCUUCCUGGAGUGGAACGCGGUGGCCCCGCAGACCCAGCGCAACUACCAAGAGGCCCUGGCGGAGUUCCAGAGUUCCGCAGGUGCUCGCAGCCUCCCGCUCGCGACCGCCGCGGACGCCGACUUGGCGCUGACGAACUGCGCCGACUUCGCCUGGGGCACAGGGCUCGAGAGGGCCGUUCUGCUGAAGACCUAUGCCGCGUUAAUCUCGGAGCGCCCAAACAUCCCCCGAAAGGGGUCGCUCCGCUUGCCUCGAUUUUCGAGGGCGCCCCAGGGCUGGAAGCGCCUCGAUCCAGGGCAGACGCGGCCGCCAAUCCCCUGGCAGGUCACGGCGCUGCUGGUGGCGAUCAUGAUAGUGGUGAUGUUCUGGGCCUACUUCAGGCCAAGCGAGCACUACGGUUCCAACCUGCACCCCUCGGUCCGAGAGGGCCUCGCGGACGAGAGCAUCCUCCUGGAUUCGGUCGAGGCCCCGUGGCUGGGCCCGCUGGCGGCGAGGUGCCGCACCGCCGCCCCGACGAUGCUGCCCUUCGGCUCGAACGCCCGGGACUCGCGCGCCCGGGGCGGCACUCCCGCUUAUUCCAACACCUACGAGCCCAAUGCAUUGGAGAGGGUGGAGCUUACCAACACGCAUGUAUCUGACUAA